AUGCUCUUCUCCGGCCCGCGCAGCGAUGCGCGGCGAGAGCGCUACCGGCAUGAGGUGCUUGAUGUGGCUGACGGGGCGCGCAAGACAAAGCGCCUCGAUGGCGAGAAGGGCGCGCUGCCCGACGGCGCGCCGUCUGCGCAGGCCGAGUCGACGGGCCUGGAGCGCACGAUGGGGUGGAAGGGCUGUGCGUGGAACAGCUGUGCCUACUCGAUUGCGCUGGGCAUCUUGAGCCUGCCAUCGGUGUGCGCCACGCUUGGCGUCGCUCCGUUCGUCAUUCUCGCCUGCGUCUUUGCGGCUCUCACAUACUACACGGGCAUGUCGUACCACCGCCUGCAGCAAAGGUACCCCGGCAUCCACUCUCUGGAGGACGCCGGCGACCUGCUCUUCGGCCGCGUCGGCGCCUUUGUGCUCGGCUGGACGCAGGUCAUCUUCAGUGUCUUCCUGCAGGGCAACCACGUGCUGCUCGGCGCCAAGGCCUUCAAUGCGCUGGGCUGGCGUGCGCCGCAAACCUGCGCCAUCGCCCUCUACGUCGUCUUCGCCAUCAUCUCGUUCCUCUUCUCGCUGCCUCGAUCGUACAAGCUCUUCUCGUGGCUUGCCGUCUUCUCCGUCAUCUCGAUUCUCGUCUCGGUGCUCAUCGUUCUGAUCGCCUCCGGCGUCACUGGGCCAGCAGACGGCACCGUGGUGCAGCCGAUCUCCGCAGCAGCUCAGCCGGGCUUCCUCGAUGCUUGCCUGGCGAUCACGAACCUGUUCGUCUCGUUCGGCUCGUCGCCCUCCUACCUGCCGCUCAUGGCGGAGAUGCACGAUCCCAAGCACGGCUUCCCGCGAGCGCUCAGGACGCUGGUCAUCUUCCAGCUGGUGCUCUACUGCGUGGUCGGAGGCGUGGUCUACCGUAACCUCGGCCCGGAUGUUGCAUCUCCGAGCAUUGCAGCGCUCCAGCCGAUCUACCAGAAGGCAGCGUACGGCACCGGCCUCGGCACGAUUCUGCUGGCCGGCUGCGAGAGCGCACAGGUGUCGGGCAAGGUGCUCUACGUCAAGCUCUUCCGCAUGCGCCCCUCACUCUUCAAGACGAAGGCGUGGGGCUGGGCCAUCUGGACGGCCAUCAAUGCCGUGACAUGGGUCCUGGCCGCCAUCCUGGCCAUGAUCCUGCCGUUCUUCAGCUCAUUUUUGGGCGUUGAAGCCUCCGCCUUCUGGUCCGCCUUCCUCGCCGCCGCCGCCGCCUUCUCCGUGUACUGCGCGCUCGAGGAGCGCAAGCACGGCGAGAUCACUCCGGCGCGCUGUGCCGUCAUGCUGGCGGCUGCAGCGGCUGUGCUCUGCGUCACGACGUUCAUCGCCAUCACGGGCAUGUGGGCGUCGGCAGUCAGCAUCCGCGACUCGUAUGCGCAGGGCAUCGUCGGCCGGCCGUUCUCGUGCGCGAUCACGGACGCCUGA